GGUUUGGAACCAAGGAGUUCAAUAGACGACCACUCUCUCUCUCUCUCUCUCUCUCUCUCUCUCGUGUUUCUCUCCAAGAAUGCGGAGAACGAUUCCCGCUCACCCCUUCCGGACUAUGCGCCUCUUCCUUCCUCCUUCGCCUCCAUCCCUCCCGUUCAGAGCUCCACCCCUUCUCAAGCUCGCCAAGCCCCUCUCCCAUUCUUGCCCCUUCUCCCUCACCAAAGUCCUCACCCCACUCACAGUUGUCCCGGCAGCUGCCUACACCCCUUAUCCCGUCUCUACUCCAGCAACGCAUCUGAAGCUCUUCGGCUCCUUUGUCGCCAGAUGCAUCUCUUCGUCGUCCGUGAACUCGGCCCACACCCUCGAGUGGAACGAGCCCGUCUCCUGCUCCGAGGUCGUCGUGGAGGCGGAUGCUGGCGGAGUCGAUGUCGAGGUGGAUGCAAGGUCCUCAAUCCCUGUCCGGGCUUAUUUCUUUUCAACAAGUGUGGAUUUGAGAGGCUUAGUGGAGCAGAACAAACCCAACUUUAUCCCACCUACGUCGCGCAUGACUAAUUACGUCGUUCUCAAGUUCGGGAAUCUUUCUUGUACCAAUGAACUGGGAGCUUGCUUAAGUGGGAGUGACUGCGGCUACAUGGUAGUUUUUCACUAUGGCUCCAUUGUGCUGUUUAAUGUCCCUGAGCAUGAGGUUGAUGGGUACUUGAAGAUUGUAGAAAGACAUGCUUCAGGGUUGCUUCCUGAGAUGAGGAAGGAUGAGUAUGAGGUGAGAGAGAAGCCGACAUUAAGCACGUGGAUGGAAGGUGGAUUGGAUUACAUUAUGUUGCAGUACCUAAACAUUGAUGGAAUCCGCACAAUUGGCAGUGUUCUGGGUCAAAGUAUCGCCCUUGAUUACUAUGUUCGCCAGGUUGAUGGGAUGGUUGCAGAGUUCACUGACAUAAAUCGUGGGAUGGAGAAAACAGGGACUUUUGAGAUGGAAAGGAAAAAGCUUUUUCAGUUAGUGGGGAAGGCGAAUUCUAAUCUUGCUGAUGUAAUUCUAAAACUUGGGCUUUUUGAGAGAUCAGAUAUUGCAUGGAAGAACGCCAAAUAUGCUCAGAUAUGGGAAUAUCUCAGAGACGAGUUUGAAUUAACUCAGAGAUUUGCGAGUCUUGACUUUAAGCUAAAGUUUGUCGAGCACAACAUUCGGUUUCUUCAGGAAAUCCUACAGAAUCGGAAGUCGGACUUCCUUGAAUGGCUCAUCAUCAUACUGAUUGGCGCGGAGAUUCUCAUUUCGGUCUACGAUAUCCUCACGCGAUCUGCAAUCACCAAGCUUUAGUAGUUAGUAUUAACCUCUACCAGAGACUCAUGAGCGUGAUCCCCUCUAUAUUAAGUGGUUUUGCGCCACAUUGCGACUCUUCAACUGUCCAAUUCUUUUCUAUCCUGUACAUAAACUCUAUAUAUGAGCAAUGCUUACAUUGGAGUUCAUCGGAUUUUCAUCAA